CACACACACACACACACACACACACACACACGCUCAGCAGCUGGUGACAGAGUCAGGGCUCCCGUCAUCAUCACCAUCUUCGGCUCCAUCCUCUGCGGCUGAGCCACACUGGGCAGGUCCCCAGCCCUUCGCCCUUUCUCUGAUGGGUCACUAACUCGGAUCCAACCACCAGAGCCACAAAGCUCAAGCCACAGAGCAUGCCCAAGCUGCUCCUCCUGUCACUCGCCCUCUGGGCCAGCUGCUCCCCUGGUAACACUGGGACAGAUCUAGUGUCUCUGAGCCAGCCCAGAGUGCGGUGCCAUGCUUCUCGGUACCCUGUGGCCGUGGACUGCUCCUGGACGCCUCUCCAGACUCCCAACUCCACCUUCAUUGCCACUUACAGGCUCGGUGUGGCCACCCAGCAGCAGAGCCAGCCCUGCCUACAGCGGACGCCCCAGGCCUCCCGAUGCACCAUCCCCCACGUGCACCUGUUCUCCACAGUGCCCUACUUGCUAAAUGUCACUGCAGUGCACCCUGGUGGCACCAGCAGCAGCCUCCUAGCCUUUGUGGCCGAGCGAAUCAUCAAGCCCGACCCUCCGGACGGCGUGCGCCUGCGCACAGAGGGGCAGCGCCUGCGCGUGCUCUGGCAGCCGCCUGCUUCCUGGCCCUUCCCGGAAGUCUUCUCGCUCAAGUACAGACUACGCUACCGGCGCCGCGGAGCCUCUCACUUCCGCCAGGUGGGGCCCAUCGAAGCCACGACGUUCACCCUCAGGACCGCGAGACCCCAGGCCAAGUACUGCGUCCAGGUGUCGGCCCAGGACCUCACAGAUUACGGGAAGCCGAGUGACUGGAGCUUCCCCGGGCGAGUGGAAGGGGCGGCGCCCCAAAGCCCUGAAGACUGGAUCGGCAGUGUCAGACCCUGACGUCGUCUACUGCGGACGGCUAGGUGGCUUGUCCUGAGUUCGAAUCCUGCCUCCGCAUGUACUGCGCCAUUCCAAAGCAGAGGCCAAGUCACCUGACCUCUCCAGCCCUCAGAGUGCACACCUGUAGGAUGCUCGCUCUUCUUCCACCGGCGCGGGGCUUUGUGACUUUAUCCGUGAUUUAAUUAGGAAGGCCAAUUAAAUCAGCAUCAGCAUUUGCUUUUGUGAGACAGGGUUUCUCUGUGUAGCCCUGCCUGUCCUAGAACUGGGUCUGCAGGCCUCGAACUCGCAGAGACCGCCUGCCCCUGCCGCCUAAGUGCUAGGACCACCGCCCAAUAAGAACUGCUAUGAAAAGUAA